GCACCGGAAGCGCGGUUGUAAAUAAAAUAAAUCCCGGGCAGCUAUAACCGGGGCACGGUCGAGGCAAGAAGAAGGAAACUGGCCCAAGAAUCAGUCCUCCGGCUCUCGACCCAGGUUUUGAAGAAAUAACGGGUGAAUGCCUACCCGGAAGUGAAGCCGUUUUUAAAAAGGGUGAUGGCAGCCAUGGUUGUGGAGGAAGAGGAGGAGGAGGAGGAGGAAGUAGCAAAGGCGCAGGCUCCUGACCCUUGCGUGGCUUUGCGGCUGGUGGCCGCAGCGGCCUGGCACGUGGUCCGGGAGCGCCAGGUCCACAAUUUCCCCCGCGUGCUGGUGCUGCUAGAAGCGGUUGCGGAAGCAGCACCCAACCUGGUGCACUUCAGGCACCUCAUUAAGCUACGCCUGGGCCUGCAGGCCAAGAUUAUAAUGAAAAUGCUUCAGGAGCAGCAGCCCCACUGGAAAAUCUACGACGCCAUUGAUUCCUACUUUCCAGAGAGGGAGCCUCCGCCCCACCCCAAAGCGACUGCUCAGGACCUGAAGCUGGUGCAGGCAGCACAGGACAACUUCAGGGACUUGGUGCUGGGUCUGCUGAGCGACCCGACGCACCUGAAGAACUAUGUGCAGGACCACCUGGAAAACGACUACGGGGAAGCCUUCCUGCAUGUGGUAGAAGAGCUUUUCUACGAUUACCUGUGGCAACUGGAGAGCACCCUUCCUGAGCCCUGCUUCCAGCAGUUGCUGGAGGCCGCCUGCCUCCAAGGGCCCAGCCAGACUCCCCAGCCGGACUCCAGCAUCCUCUCGCGAUACCUCACGGCCAUGGGACACCGGGUCGCAGGACUUCCUGCGCAUCCCCCUUACUCCAGCUGCUCGAGCCCCCCGUUGCACAUGGAGGAGCAGGAGGAGGGGCCGAGGACCCCGGAGCCCUGUAAGAUGCGGUCCAGCCCAGCCGGGGCCAGAAGGGCGAGGAGUCGCCCGCCCUGUGCGCGGGAAGAGGAUCCCGUCAGGCCCCACGCGGGAAACCAGGAAACAGGUGAAGCUGGGGACGUUGUACUGGAUUCGAGCAGCGAGGGGGGCAGCUCCCCUUUCAAGAAGGGUCAAUACCAGUGCACCCGGUACAACACCCUCAUCCCCACAUUCCAGGAGCACCUCAGGGACUUCAGGAAUCAGUGUGCUAGCUCUUCAGGAACCUCGCCUGCAACGUGACGGCCGCCUCCGCCUCCGAAUACACACACACACACACAC